CUAUCUUCAUGUUGGCAAUGGCUGUCAGUAGUGCAUUGAACUGUCAAGACGUGAUACUUUUGGGAGAAUGUAGGAAUUAUUUUUGAUUUUAACAUUUUUAAUCGUUGUUUUCCGAGAUUAUUUAAUUUGUUUAUGUGGAUAAGAGAGACGGCCGUCUAACUGUCACGAGAUGGCAGCCACGGCGCAAGGGGAGAUGUCUGUGGCCGAGCUGAAGGCCGAGAUCGAGAGGCUCGGCCGAGAGCUGGACCAGGCGAGCAGCGAGAAGAUCCAGUCGGCGCAGCUGGGUCUGGUGCUGCUGGAGGAGAAGAGCGCGCUGCAGCAGCGCUGCGACGAGCUGGAGACGGUGUUCGAGAACACCCGGCACGAGCUCGAGAUCACACAAGAGGCUUUGAUGAAACUAGGUUCAACCCAGAAAGUAACGACACAGAGUGGUAUAGAACAGGAAAAUGCACUCCUCAACGAGUCGGCCGCCAUGGAGAGCUCGCUCACCCUCCAGAUCAUAGAGCUGGAGGGAGAAACUAAACAGCUUCGCCACGAGCUGGAGCGUGUCGUGAGCGAGCGCGACCGUCUGCUCACGGAGAGCUCCGAGCUCGGCGUGGACAAGGCGUCGCGUGAGUCCGAGCGCGCGGCACUACGGGCGGAGCUGCGCGAGGCGCGCCAGCGGGAACAGAGACUACUGCUCGACAUCGGAGACUUGGAGGACGAGAAUAUAUCACUACAGAAACAAGUGUCGGCGCUGCGAUCAUCGCAGGUGGAAUUCGAAGGGCUAAAGCAUGAGGUCCGACAGCUGCGCGAGGAGGCGGAGAACCUCCGCGCGGCGGCCGACGAGACCGCGGCGCUGCGCCGCAUCGCCGAGAGGCAACUCGGCGAGGCGCUCGAGGCGCUGCAGGCCGAGCGCGAGGCGAAGUUUGCUGCCAAGAAGGAGCUCGACGCGCAUCUUAGUCGCGAGGCAGCUUAUAAUAUCACCAACCUGGCCUACAGCAUACGAGGCAUGGGCGAGGAAGGCGGCUCCGAAGAAGGCUCUCCCGGCGCCUCCAACUCUGAACUCGCGGCGGCCAUGGGCGAACACCACGCCGACCUGUUCUCGGAGGUGCACCUGCACGAGGUGUCCCGUCUGGAGAAGCAGCUGGAGCAGGCCCACAACGAGAACAGCCAGCUUUCGGCUUCAGUGCGUGCCGCACAAGCGACGGCGGAGAGCGAGAGCGCAUGCGCUUGUGUGCUACGCUGUGGUCUACAACGCGCCGCUUCUCGCGUCACCGCGCUCGCCGCUCUUCACAAAGAGACCCAGCCUGAGGAGGAGAAGACGGAAGGCGCUGGAGGCGUGCCUCCGCGCGCGGCGGCCUGGCUGACGUGGUGGCGCGUGUCGGGCGGCGAGCUGACCGCGCUGGGCGCCGCGCUCACCGAGCUGCAGUCCGCCUCGGCGCCGCCCGACGCCUCGCCCGCGGCGCUGGCUCGCGCCUCGCUCGCCGAGCUCAGCGACAGAGUGGCGGAGGCUGAAGUGCGCGCCGCGGCGUUGCAGGCGGACUGCGACUUGCUCAGGACUCUGGCCGGAGGAGCGGGUCGUGCACUAUCUUCAGCUGCGCCGGCGCUCACGUCGGCGGCUGAAGCCCUCGCUCAGAUGUACCACCACGUUUGCGCCGUCAACGGCACCCAGCCGGAACGCUUGUUGCUGGAGCAUGCCGCUACAGACGGUGUCGGACGCGACGGGCGCGGGCUGGGGCUGGGGCUGGACGUGGAGGUGGAGGAGUCCGCGCUGGCGCUGGCGGCCGGGGAGCUGGAGGGGCUGCGCGCGGCGGGCGCGGUGGCGCGCGCGGCGGACACGCUGCUGGACCAGCUCACGCAUCUGCGCGCCGCGCUCGACGCCGCGCUGGACUCGCGCCGACACCACCAUCGCGCGCCCGGAAUGGAAUCCGAAGAGCGCGCCGCCGAGCUGACCGAAAUGCAAGAACAAGUCAUCAAGCUCAAAUCCCUCCUGUCGACCAAACGCGAACAGAUCGCGACGCUCCGCACCGUGCUCAAGUCCAACAAGAACACCGCCGAGGUGGCGCUGGCCAACCUCAAGAGCAAGUACGAGACGGAGAAGACCAUCGUCACCGAGACCAUGCUCAAGCUCAGGAACGAGCUGCGGCUGCUCAAGGAGGACGCCGCCACCUUCUCCAGUCUCCGCGCUAUGUUUGCGGCGCGUUGCGAAGAGUACGUGACGCAGGUGGACGAGCUGACGCAGGCCCUUUCUGGCGCGGAGGACGAGAAGAAGACCCUCAACCAGCUGCUGCGGCUCGCCGUGCAGCAGAAGCUUGCGCUCACACAGCGCCUCGAGGAGCUGGAGGUGGACCGCGAGAUGCGCACUCGGCGCGUGCCCAAGGCGGCCGGGCCGACGCGAACGCGCGGACGGGAUUUCUAGCGGCUCGUGCUCGCGCUGAAGGCCGCCGCGCUCGCCCUGCGCGCGCUGCUCGCGCGACCGCCCCGAGCCGCCCGCGCCGCCGCCAGGCUGCCCGUGUCCUUCUCCGCGCCCAACAUGCGCUGACGGUGACGGUGACGGUGACGGUGACCGAGUGGACGACGAACCUAUACUCGCUCGAUCGAUACUUAAACUGCGAUAACUGGCGCAGUCGGUAGGAUCGACGUUCAGACCGGAGAGGGCGCCGUCUUCUAGUUUAGUGUUAUCGCACCUCUCUCGGCGGUCCCGACGUCUGAUCGAUGCGAGUUUUACGAAUUUAUCGCGUCGCGUCUCCCUCUACGACGCUCUACGACUAGUGACGCGAAACUUGUCGAUUUCGGACACGUACAGUGAUUAGUGAUUCCCGGGGCGCCGCGCGGGUGACUGAGCUAGAGUGAGCGCGGCGCCCCGACGUUUUUUAUAAAUCGUUCUUAGGCAACUAAAUUAUUUAUACGUUUUAUAAAAUGAUCUUACUAACCGUACCAAUAAGAUUAGGCGGAGGGGCCCGCCGACGGAGGGCGCGCGCACGCGCGGGACCGGGACCGUCAAACUGUGCAAUAGCGUGCGCGCGCCCGGAGGCAGAUGAAGUGAAACUUUGGUCGGCGGAGCUCCUCCAUGAAUGGUUGGUGUUAAAUUAAAGUUGACUGAUUUUAAUGUGUGGCGCCCGAGCGGGCGGUUGUUGUUGUUCGCGUCGCGUCGCCGACUAGUGUAUCGAAUUUCCUCCUAUUCGUAUCUAUUGCGCCGUCAAAUUAAUGUUGAUCGAGUAUUUUUGUAACAGUUGCGGUGUAUUUUUAUUACGCGAAUGAAUUUAUCGCCGUUGUUAUGUCGCGUACGAGACGAUAUAUAUCCCUCGCGAAGCAGAUUUUACUAUUAUUAUCGUGUCGAAACAGGAAUUAUCGAUAAAGCCGUGCGAAGUUAUUUUUUAUGACAUGUUUAUAAUAUAAUUGUACGGUUCGCAUAUACAUUUAAUGAUUACGAAAUCCUCUACUCGAUACGAAUGUUUAAGUACGUCCAAAAUGAAAUUUCUAAAAUAAAAUAAAUGAUCGGUGUCCAUCCAUUGUGCGCAAAAAGACUAUGUAAUCUGUUCUAUCGGUCGUAGGUUCGUUGUGUUUGUGGCCCUCCGCCGAUACUUUCGUCCAUCUUGUUGUAGAGUAGUGUGUCCGUGUACGUUUGUUUCACCUGCCGUCCCGUGGCCGUGAGCCACUCGCGUCCAUUCUUGUCCAGCGCCGACCGGCCGGUCGCACUCGACCUGUGUCUGUUUGCUCCACGUAUUUUUAUCUUUAAAAACAAACCGGUCUCUAGGUUGCUCAAAUCUCGCUCACGGCGGCCGGUCGGCGUUUCUAUUAUUAAGAGGAAAUUUACAAAUAUUAUUGACUUGUUACGGUAUUGUUUACGUUGUGUAUCGUGGAUGUGAUAGGCGGCUCGCCUCGGCGCGACGUAGUCGUAGUGUCCAGACCUAGGCUAGUUCGACCGUUCCAUGUAGGGGCACUCGCCCGUAGUUGUAGGUAUUUUCACUGGAUUAGAUAUUAUAGUUCUAGUUAAUACGGUAACCUCCAAGUAUACUUCGUAGGUUAUCUAUGAGAUCUCCGUCGAGACGCGUAGUGAAUUGGUUUGCAAUAUUAACAUUACUAGCAUAAUUAGUUUGCAUAGCUCAAAGCGGGCUCGCCCGAGGACCAUAGCCUUGCAUUUAUUGUUUUUAGACUAUCGUAUGAAUUAGCUUUUAUCGUAGCCUCUUUAUGUACUUAAACGAUGGACUUACCAGCAGUAGUUAGUAUUUAUGUUUAUUUAUAUUAUUCUCUUGCUAAGCAGCAGACAUCGUUUAUGUAUUAUUUAUAUCUAGUCAAUGUUACCGCCGCGCGCGCCGCUGUCUACGCCCAGCCUAAAACUCUGUUGAUUGUAUUUGUUACCUUAUGUUAAAGUAUUACUAUUUUUCUUAUGGUUGUUAUGAAAUCAGUAUUUAAUUGCCUUUUAUCUUCCGUCUUAUAAGUGAGGAAUGAAAUUGUUUGUAAUAAUAUUACUAUCUAUCUGGCUUGGCUUGGGACAGCGGCGCGGGCGGACCAGCGUCAAAGUUUCCAUGGUGGCAAAGCACUAUGUCUAUUUAUACUUUUAUCACUGUAAGCCUCUUUCGUCCACAUACAUUUAUCUUGACAUUGUUAUGUUUAAUAGUAUUGUAUACAAGUUUUUUGACAUCUAAUCAUUUACAUUAAUUUAUAUCAGAUUGUUAUAUUUUGUUAAAAUUAAUUUGACUACACGAGCGGUGGUUAGCUAGCCGCCGACCGUGUUACUGUGAAUCCAUGGCCUGAUCUCGGUUUAUUGAGUGAUAUGACAGUGUAUAAAACAAUACAGUCAUUCGACGAAGCCGUCUAGACAGGGCAAUCGUGCGUGGUGCGAGGGGUGGGUCGCGCGCACCCGAGCUGCAUACAUCGCCAUUGUUAGUAGCUCGGUACUACUUACAUGGCUAGCGUGUCUUAUUAAUUGACACAUUAUUUUGGGCAGUUGUGUAAAAGUCUGUGACAACCCUACUGUGUUCUUGUGCGGUGUCGACAUCAAAGGCGUCGGUCCACUGUUACUUUUUACACUGUGGUUAUGACUUGUAACAGAGAUCGAUAUCAAUGAGUCCGAGAUCCGGGCCACGGCAGGAGUCGCUCGAUGUCUGCUGCCACUCGCCGGUGGUGGUUCAGAGCGAUUAACCAAAUAUUUCUUUAUUUAUACACUUUAACUCUUUAGAAUAAUUAGGUACUUAUUUUGCUUAAGCAUAGAUAUUGUUUUCUAUCAUAGAAGAUGAUUGAGUUUUUAUAAUCAUUAAAGAUUUAAAAGUAUUUAAAACGCGCGCUAGUUUAUUAUAUUGCGACAUGAUUUAGUAUUGGGCAAACGGGUCGCAUGGAUGUUCCCAAUUCAUCUAGUCCGUAGCCGACGUCAAAUAUUGCACAGUUUGACGGUUCGUCAUUUAUUCCUAGAGUAGAUACGCAAGAUGGCCACUGUCGUUGCUUUAACUUUCACGUAAUCAUAUCAGAUUACAAGUCUUUGCAUAAUAGAAUCUCAAACAGAUGUAACUAAUGAGCUUUAGAUGUUAUGUGUUCGCUGUAUUUCAGAGUCAGGACAGAUCACGAACCAGUUUCGGGAACAUAUCAUGACAGAAGGACUAUAUUUUCAAACUGUAAGGCACGCCGUGUUGUCGCAAUGACUGAUAACAAUCAUGUAUGAGAAUAAUAAAUUAUUAUAUUUAA